GACGUCACGCCGGGCUCGGGACGUUAGGCUGCCGCGCAGAGACCGGGGGGCUCCAGUCUCCGGGAGGACCGCCGAACCAGACGCAGCCCGCCUCGGCUCGCUGCCGCCACACACCAGAGCUCGAGCGGCGCAUGCCACCGCAGGUCCCCUCGCCGCUCCCUCCUCCCCCUUUCGACGAUGACUCGCGAGGAAGAUGCGCCGCUCUGACCUCCGCGCCGCAGCAGCGAAGCAGCGCCCCGCUUAGCUCGGCUCGUUGUCUCCGGAACCGCAGGUGUUCGGGUCGCCCGCCGAGCCGCUAAACGUUCGGUUUCCAUCCAGACCGAGGCAGAUGCCCCUCGCUCUGUCCGCCCGGCUUCUACUAUGGUGGAGUUCCCAUCCCUCAGUCCGUACUGGCCUCUCAUCCGCUUCCUGGUGCCGCUGGCCAUCACCAACGUUGCCAUCGACCUCGGGGAGCAGGCUCUCAACAGGGGCAUAGCCACCGUCAAAGAAGAUGCAGUGGAAAUGCUGGCCAGCUACGGUCUGGCCUACUCCCUGAUGAAGUUCUUCACCGGACCCAUGAGCGACUUCAAGAACGUGGGCCUGGUGUUUGUCAACAGCAAGAGGGACCGGAGGAAGGCCGUGCUCUGCAUGGUGGCGGCCGGGAUCAUCGCGUUCGUCCUGCACAUCCUGAUAGCAUACACAGAUUUAGGAUACUACAUCAUAAACAAGCUCCACCAUGUGGACGAAUCCGUGGGACAGAAGACAAGAAAAGCUUUCUUAUACUUGGCUGCGUUUCCUUUGUUGGACGCGAUGGCCUGGAUUCACGCUGGGAUUCUCCUCAAGCACAAGUACAGUGUGAUAGUAGGCUCCGCCUCCAUCUCUGAUGUCGUGGCCCAGAUCGUGUUCGUGGCCAUUCUCCUGCACAGUAACCUGGAAUGUGUGGAGCCGCUGCUCAUCCCGAUCCUCUCCCUUUACAUGGGUGCCUUGGUCCGUUUCAGCAUCGUGGGUCUGGGCUACUACUGCAACAUUCACGAUGCCAUCCCAGACUCCAGUGGGCUGGAUGUUGGUGGCGACGCCACCAUCAAGAAGAUGCUGAGCUUCUGGUGGCCCCUGGCCCUCAUCCUGGCCACGCAGCGCAUCAGCCGACCCAUCGUCAACCUGUUUGUGUCCCGCGACCUCAAGGGCACCUCGGACGCCACAGAGGCGGUGGCCGUGCUCACAGCGACCUACCCGGUGGGUCACAUGCCGUACGGCUGGCUGACGGAGCUGAGGGCAGUGUACCCGGCCUUCGACAAGAACAAUCCCAGCAACAAGCUCAACUCCGGCAUCCCCAUCACCAAGUCCCACAUCAAGAAGUUCACCUUCUGCUGCCUGGCUCUGUCUCUCACGCUCUGCUUUGUCGUCUUCUGGUCGCCACACGUGUCGGAGAAGAUCCUGGUGGACAUCAUCGGCGUGGACUACGCGUUCGCCGAGCUGUGCGUGGUGCCGCUCCGAAUCUUCUCCUUCUUUCCCCUGCCAGUGACCGUCCGCGCUCAUCUGACCGGGUGGCUCAUGACCCUGAAAAAGACCUUUGUGCUGGCCCCCAGCUCCGUGCUGCGCAUCAUUGUGCUCAUCACCAGUCUGGUGGUGCUGCCUUACAUGGGGGUUCACGGGGCCACACUGGGGGUGGGCUCGCUGCUGGCCGGCUUCAUCGGGGAGUCCACCAUGGUCGCCAUAGCGGCCUGCUACGUCUACAGGCAACAGAGGAACAACGAGAUGUCCAGCGAGCUGGUGGCGGAGGGCGACGACGCAGCGCCCAUGAGCGAGGUCUGCUCCCGCUCGCAGAUGGACGCCAUCGAGGAGCUCCAGGAGGAGGACGAGGAGCAGGAGUGACCAGCCCCCAUCCUGCUACAACGCACACUGUAAAGAAAGCCAUGCACCGCGUCGUCCGUGUACAGACCGCUCCGUCUGGACCCGCCUCUUCCUGUUAACCGGCCGACCGUGGAAGGAGGCUCGGCGGCGGAGCGGAAGUGGACUGGAUGUUCUUGGAUCUGGACUGGGCCGGGCUCGCUUGAACUCAUAUAGACCUGUUGUGGGACGUGCUGGGUUGUGCAAUUGUAUUUUACAUCACAGUGUACAGACUGUUGUUGUUUUUCUUUUCUAGCGCUGAGAAAGGUGUAUAUUUAAGAGAGAGCAGGGGUCGGGAACCCCUCGCUAUAUUAUCACUGAGUGUUGACGUGGAGUCACGGUUGUUCAUAUCCUCAGUCCCACAGUCGAGCCACUCUGUUUGCCAACUUUGACCUGCUAGUUUUCAGACUGUCCCUCCGUCUUUGUACAUACUGUAUAGACAUUCUUAUUUGGCAAAUAAAUUGCUUUAUUACGAACUAUGUGUCCUGUACUCAGCUUUCAGAACCAGGUCCAGUUG